AUGCCGGGAACAAUUUUGGAAAAUCUUAGCGGCAAAAAAUUAAGUAUAUUAAUUAGUGUUUUUCUAGCUUGCCAAAUAGCAUGCUUUUUGUUAGGGCUAAUAGCUCCUAGCCCUGCUAAAACUCAAACCAUCCUUUCUACUGUGUGUGUGGACCAAAAUCCUUCUGAGUCACAGCGUAAUCUUGACCGAUGGUUUGUUAGAAAAUGCCCUAAACCAAUUGAAUUAACUGACGACAAUGAAACGUUUGGAUUAGAUGCUAAUAGUUUGGUUUUUGUUAUGGAGAUGCCACUCUACAACUUGGACUAUUCUCGUUGGCAACAAAAUUUAGUAGGAAUUCUUCAGGUUGAGAUGGUUUACCAAAAGGAACAAAAAGUACUUAACCCUUUGAUUGAACUUACGGUGGACUCUCGUUUGGCUUACAGUGAUAAAACACCUAAUGGAGGAAAAACACCAUGGAAAUAUUAUUCCCAUGCUGAAGAAAAGCGUUAUAUGAACUGUACAUUCAACAACCAAUACGAUACAGAAAAGCAUGGUUAUCCUUAUGAUUGCACUAUGGUACCAUUAUUUGAAUUAGGUGCUUUAUACCACGAUUAUUAUUUGUUAAAUCUUAGGUUACCUUACAAUUACACAACUAAAAAGAAUAUAGGUCUCGGUAAAGUAGAAGAUCUGUAUGUACACACUAUUUAUAUGAAUGGCGGUUUUACAAAGAUUUGGCUUAGUCUUAAGACAGUGUUUUUUCCAAUACUUCUAGCUAUAAUGACCUGGUUUUGGCACAGAGUUCACAAGUUAAAUCGUACUCCAGUAUUGUUAGAAUACAUGCUGAUAUAUUUAGCAGGUACUUUAGCUUUUCUUAAUCUUCCUAUAGAAUAUCUCAGCCUUAUUUUUGAAAUGCCUUAUAUGUUACUAUUGAGUGAUAUUCGUCAGGGUGUAUUCUAUGCGAUGUUACUUUCGUUUUGGUUGAUUUUUGCAGGUGAACAUAUGCUUAUUCAGGAACAAGGGGAAAGAAAUACUAUAAAACGCUACUGGAAACAUUUGACUACAAUAAUUGUAGCAUGUAUGUGUUUACUAAUAUUUGAUUUAUGCGAAAGAGGUGUUCAGUUAGUUAAUCCAUUUUAUUCUAUUUGGGUGACACCUGUUGGUACUAAUUUGGCUCUUGCUUUUAUUAUUUUGGCUGGGAUAUCUGCAUGUUUAUACUUUGUUUUUCUAUGUUAUAUGGUUUGGCGUGUUUUCAAAAAUAUAAGCGUGAAAAGAUCUGUUUUACCAAGUAUGUCCCAAGCUAGACGUCUUCAUUAUGAAGGUAUAAUCUAUCGCUUUAAUUUCUUGAUGUUGGUAACACUGAUUUGUGCAUCUGUAACAAUAGUUUCAUUUAUACUUUCUCAAAUUGAUGAAGGCCAAAACAAAUGGGAUGAAACUAUGGACUUGGAAUUGUCUUCUGUAAUACAUACUGGAGUAUAUGGAAUGUGGAAUAUCUAUAUCUGUGCCAUGUUGAUAUUAUAUGCUCCGAGUCACAAACAAUGGCCUGCAGAUCCGAUUUGUACAGAAGGAGAGGAGGUUGAAUUUAACCGUAUACCAGCUGAAUCCACUUCUAAUGAGAUUUCUGCUUUAACUAGUUUCUCCGCCAAAGCCAGUAUUGAUUAA